UACGUCACCCCUGAGCGCGCGAAUUUUGCACCGGAAGCAAGCUCAAUUUAGUGUGUGCGAAAACACGCUUGUUGUGUACUAUUGUAGGCUGCUGUUCCUUCUUCCUAACAUUCAUUACUUCUAUUUUCGUAAAGUUACAACUUACCAAAUGUACUUCAAGUGAUAGCUAGCUAGUAAUCCUAUAGAUUUUUCGGUAUUUGUGUAGCAAAUUUUGCUAGUCGGUGCAGUCAUGUCUGAUGCCAUAUCUGAUGCUGGCAGCGACAUUAGCGGAGAUGACAGUCAAGAAGAUGUGAUGACUCCGGCAGAGCUCAUUACAAAGCUAGAAGAGGCCUGGCUGAAUGAGAAGUUUUCUCCUGAACUUCUCGAGAAUAAAUCAGAGAUGGUAGAAUGUGUAAUGGAACAACUCACUCAUAUGGAGGCUAACCUGCAGAGGGUUAGGAAAGGUGAUUUGAAGGCCAGUAUACACCGUAUGGAAAUAGACAGGAUCCGCUUCGUUCUCAGUAGCUACCUGCGGUCCCGUCUCCAGAAGAUCGAGAAAUUCUUCUCACAUGUCCUGGAGAAAGAGAAGUCACGAGCCGAGGGAGAUCCAUCCUUCCUGUCUCCUGAGGAGUUCGCUUUUGCCAAAGAAUACCUGGCCAACACAGAGAUGUAUCUGAAGGCUGUAGCUUUAAAACACAUGCCCCCUAACCUGCAGACGGUGGACAUGCUGAAAGCUGUGCCAGAGCCAUGCCUGGACUCCUUUGUGUUCCUGAGAGUGAAGGAGAGACAGGAGAACAUCAUGGUGGAGCCUGAGACUGAUGAUCAGAGGUGGCGGUAUUGGCCUACAACUCAUUACAUCAGUAUUUCACCAUUGAAAAGAGUAUGUUGUCGAUUUCGAGGAAGGUUCACAGCAUCUUAUACGAUAUCGGACCAUCGCACCGUUUGUUUCCUCUGGAGCGGUUCAGCUCAUUUAACUAUCCAGGUGCCUGUUUAUCCUCGGUUGAGAUGCAGUGUGUUGCUCGCUUCAGUUUGAGAUGGUUGACUGGAGGAUCUUGUCGGCUCAUUAUUGAACUCCUCUGAGCAAAUGAGAGUGGACGUGUUCUAAUUAGGACCCUAAAGAUCCAGGAAUGAGCCCCACCACUCUGCCUAGCUGUGGACAGAGCUUUCUCAACUGCACUUCUUACCUGAGAGGAAACAGACUACUCCAGGGGCCUUCUGUGUAUUUUCACAAGUAGUGAAUGAGCAUAUGUGGGCCACAUGAGACUGCGAUGGUCGUAUGUGAUUACAGGACAGGCCCUCCAUAAAUGAGAUACACACUCUCACACCCAUGACACUCUUGGGUGACUGCUUCGUCUCAGCAAUGACUAUAUUUUGUGUAGUAAUUGUUCUGUUGUCCAUUUGGUCAUGCUUUCCCUUUUGUAAAUAUAUUGUUUUGGUGUGAAGCUGAGUUGUCUUGUUUCAGGUAGGAUGGUAAUGCAAUGAUUUCCAGGUUGUGAUCAUUUUCACUUUUAGAAUAAGCCAUCACAUUCGUAUUUCCUGUUGUCUGAGUGGUGGUAUCUCUCAAUUUUCUCCUGAAUCGUGCAGUUCAGUCUAUUUACAUGUGCAUUGUUAGUGUCUGACAUCUUGGGAGGUAUCUCAUGCUGUCUUAUAACUCUCAGUCAAGUUAAUAAAUAUGAUACUUGGAA